ACUUUCAAAAUGAAAAGAGACGCUAAGGACCACGCCAGAAAUCGUCUUAUGAAUUUCUAUAUCAAAAAGGCUCCAACCUACUCAGCAAUCGUCAAAAUUGAGCAUUUUGAGAAUGAUGCUCCAUCCGAGGCCAAAGAUUUUGAGCCAUUAGUAGUAUAUUCACUUAACAAAAAGAAAAGAUGGGAGAUUAAUCAAGAAUUCCUUGAUUCAUCAUCUGAAGGUGAUGACUCGAAAUCAGUGAUUAUUGAUAGAGAAAUUCCCGAUCUCUACUUUGCUUGGUGGAGUCUCGGAAACGUCCAUUCCCAUGACUGCGUGAACCACUCGAAGCCCGUCAACUCUAGUCAGAUUGACAAUGCUAAAAAAGAGGAAAAAGUUGUUGGCUACCACAUUGUCCGAGUUCCAAAGAAUCACAAAAAGGUGUUUGACAAUAAAUGUAUCAGAUACAUUGGUCUUCGAUAUCCUGAAUUCCUUGGCUAUUCUUCUAAAGAUUGGCCCGCACUACAAUACGAAAUGAAAGAGCUCGAAGAAGAACAUGAAGAACUCGAAAAGGAAAAUGCUUCUUUGGAAGCCGAAUCUACCGAAACUACCAAACCAACAGGGUUUUACAAUUUAGACGAGCAUUUUGUAGCAAAAAAGCAACGAAAGCCAAAAGGAUGGCUGACUGUGGAAUGAAUUAUAUGUUUUACAAAUGAAUGAUAGAUCUGAAAAAAUAUCGGGUUAUUAAUAAAGUAUUUAUGAAA